AAAGAUGUUUUUGAAAGAAGGCAGACACUCCAUGUCUAGUCUAUUAAAUCACAGAGCAAAGUUGUCUCAAAAUACUCAGGCUUUAAAAUAUUUCUCUUCAAAUCAGGUAAAAGAACAAGACGUUUUUAAGAAGCCUUUACCAUUUAAAGAGGAAUCAGCAGGCACUUCUGAACCAAACCCUUUGAGAGGAAGAACAUUCAAUAAGCUUACCGAUGGUGUUCAUGUGAGGUCCUCUUUUAACUAUGAUUCAUUUCCCAUGAAGUUGUACAACAGAGGGCCUGAUAUUUCCGAAGACAUAAAUCACUUGAUUAACUCCUCUUCCAAUGAGGUGUUCAAUAUAAACAAUAAGGAUAAAUACGCUUUGCCUCAAGAUAAUAAUCACUUUCACAAUCUUAAGGAUCUUCAGUGGGACAAUGCGAACUACUCUGUGGCUAAGGACCUCGAUUUCUAUCAACACAAGCUGAAGAGAAUAGAGAAUAAAUAUCAGAGCAAGGACAUCAUCCCUCAGUUAGCUAAUAAUUUGGAGAAAGUUAUGGAUUAUAAAGGUAUCUUCCCUGUUGAGAGUGUGAAUGAAAUCAAUCAAGGUAGACUAGGAGAUUACUUCCUGCGACUUCCUCAGUACUCACAGAUUGAUGAGUCCUGCAUCCCACCUUAUUAUCCACCCUCACAAGAUAAGCAGCUGUUGAAGAUAGCAGAAGAACAUGGAAGCAGGUUUGUAAUGUCUACGAGUACGAUUACAUCUGUUCUGGCUCAUAUGUAUUUCAUGAUUUCGAAUUUUAAGAGCCCUCAUUUCGCGAAUCUCAGCUAUGCUUACGACAAAGAGCCACUGAAGUUCAUGAUUUCCCAGAGGAAGCCCAACAGUAUAUUCCUUAAAAUGAUUGACCCAGAGAAGAAGAUCUAUGCUAUUGACUCUGACUCUGGCUUCUCAGAGCCCAGCAAUAUGGUACUUCUCAAAAUGGGGAAAUAUAUGGAGAAGAUGCUUCAAUACGAUGCUGAGGAGUUCAGGUCGAUGACAGGGCUCAAGCCGGGCACCACCCCUCAGGAAGACAAUGAGCAGGAUUACUUCAAAUAUUCUUUGUACAAUAACAUCCUUCUUAGGUCCCAGAUCGAUUGUCGAAGAGUUGAGGCAGAUGGAUCAGAAAGAGUCUUUGAAAUCAAGACUAGAGCUGCAGCUGUGCUCAGAUAUGAUAUUGAAAACUAUGUUGACUACCUCGGGUAUCAGAUUAUCAAAAAGAUCGGAAAACACUCCUCAUUCGAGAGGGAGUACUACGAUCUCAUCAGAGGAGGUUUCCUAAGGUACAUCAUGCAGUGUAAGAUCGGUGGCAUGGACGGAGCCUUCAUCGCAUAUCACAAUACUCAGAAGGUCUUCGGAUUUGAGUACAUCACUCUAAAAGAAAUGGAAGAAAGAAUUUUUGGGUGAGAGGAAUACUCCAAUCUUAUCUUCCAGGCAGGCCUGAAGCUAAUCGAGAACGUUCUGGACCACAUCCUGUCCGAAGUAGGCGAAGACCCAAAUCAAGUCCUUAAGCUUGGGUUCUACUCGAACGAGAGUAAAAACUCCCUUGAUAUCUUCUGAGAAAUAAUGGAUGAUGACAAGGUACUUAAGGAUAGGACAAAGAGUAUAUUCACUGAGAACAUCGAGGAGCCGAUAGAUUACUACGAGAGCUUAGGUAUUAAGCCAAGGGUGAUAAAGUUCACUGUGGGGGUGUACCCCAUCAUCAACGGGAUUCCCAUUCAUUAUUCCCCAAUUCUAUAUGAAAAAGGAGAUACCCUAGAUAUCAAAUACACUAUUGAUAAUUACGGAGUUGUCCAGUUUAACGAGUACAUGACCUUCCUGAGCGAAGCUUAUAAGUCCCAGAAGAUCAACAUUGACAAUGAGUAUGCAGGCACCUGGAGAUUCGGGUUCUAACUUUAAACAUCAAUUCAAUUUG